AUGAAGGUUGCAUUGAUAUUCGCUGCUCUACCAGCGCUGGGCCUCGCCCUACCAGGCUACAAAGAUCUCAACCUAAUCCAGGAACGCCAAUCUCUCGGUCAGCUUGGGAAUGUGAUCAACGACUUGAAGGGAACGGUUGGAUCUAUUGCAGGUGCUCUUGAUCUCGACAACAGGCGGCCGGAGCCUGAAUAUGAAUUCGUCGAGCCAUUGCCGACCGAUUCGCGAGGUCCUUGCCCGGGACUCAGCUUGCUUGCGAAUUAUGGCUAUCUACCACGCGACGGGCGUGUCAAUGUUGCCCUUGAUCUUGCAACCGUGCUCUGCGUUUUCGCCGUCCUUUCGGAUGGCGACAUUGAGACUGAAUCCUGGUACCUGGGUGCUGGACCAGGUUCCAUCGGCGGGCUCAAUAGGCAUUCAACCGUCGAGGCAGACAUCUCGCCGAACAGAGAGGACUUCUUCAACGGCUGUGGCGACAAUCACCACCUCUCAUCCCGUAUGUUCAAGCAGAACGUCGGCUUCGUGAACGACGACCCAAACAAGGAAUUCUCCUACGAUGCUAUGCGGAAACACUACUCGGCCAACUCCCGCUUCACCCAGCAGUACAACCCGUGGAUCUCCUACUUCCCUUUCCCAUCGAUCGUCUCUGUGGUGGCAUUCAAUUUCUACCCAGAGUAUUUCUCGAACGGAACCUACGGUGCCGGUGGCGUUGCCAACUAUGAGAGUAUCUCCAGCAUUGUAGGCGCAAGCUACAAUGAGGAGAUCGAGCAAUUCGAUUACGUCUCUGAGCGCUGGCCAGAGAACUGGUACCGUCGUGCCACUCCAUACGGUGCUGUCGAGGCUCUCACUGAUGGCUUCACCCGUAUUUACCCAGCUAACCCCGUCGCCAUGCCCUUCGGCCAAGUCGGUACCCCGAACCUUAACGCCACCACUCUCCUUUGCAACAUAUACCAAGGCCUCAACUCCGUCACACCCCUCGCCCUCGCCGGCGAAGCCGAGUCAACCUACGCCGGAGUCUCCUGGGCGCUCGGCAAGCUCACUGUUGCAGGUCUUUCGGGUACGAUCCUCGGCUGCCCGACUGACACCAUCUCCGCCAACUUCCUCUUUCCCAACCGAACCACUACUGGCGGACCUCUCGGACCACCACUAUAUAUUGCGGCUAAGAAUGGUGACAACGUGUACUACAAGAGCUACUUUCCUGCGGCACCGACGAAACCGAAUUGUCAGGGACCCACGGACUCUGGCAAGGAGGAGUACUAG